AUGCCUUUCCAAGACUCGCCACAUGUCCUGGUGGACCCCAGGCCCCCUAAUUCCCAGCAUGCCUUGCAGGGACACCAGGAUGACUCAUCUCCCCAUAAAACUACAGAGGUGUCCAUUAACCAGCAUAGUGGACAAGGCUCAUGCCGUGGCCAUGAGGGAAGACUGACCUCCAUUCUCACGAGCCUGUCCAAGGUCUCGGUGCUCUUCCUGCUCCUCUACAUGUUCAUCUGCUCUCUGGACGUGCUCAGCUCAGCCUUCCAGCUGGCCGGCGGCAAGGUUGCGGGCACCAUUUUCAAAGAGAAUGCCAUUCUGUCCAACCCCGUGGCAGGACUGGUGGUUGGUAUUCUGGUGACCGUCCUGGUGCAGAGCUCCAGCACCUCCACAUCCAUCGUCGUCAGCCUGGUCUCGUCUGGAUUGCUUGAAGUGCAGUCUGCCAUUCCUAUCAUCAUGGGCUCCAACAUUGGGACGUCAGUCACCAAUACCAGUGUGGCUCUGAUGCAAGUGGGAGAGCGAGAGGAGUUCAGACAGGCGUUUGCGGGCGCCACUGUCCACGACUGCUUUAACUGGCUGACGGUGCUGGUGCUCCUGCCCCUGGAGGCGGCCAGCGGCCUGGUCAGACGCCUUUCCCACAUAGCUGUGACCAGCCUGAGCCUCCACAGCGGGGAGGAAGCGCCGGAGCUCCUGAAGGUGGUCACUGAGCCUUUCACCAAACUUGUCAUACAGCUGGACAAGUCUGUCAUCACCGGCCUUGCUAUGGGCGACGAGGGGAUGAGGAACAGGAGUCUGGUGAAGGUUUGGUGUCCUGGCAGCGUCCACAGUGUGAGAGCGAACCCCUCAGUCUUCCUCCAUUACAGCACAUACAACAUAUUUCUUAUAUUACUGGAUUCAUGUUGCUGUGCUCAUAUUACUUCAAAUAUAUCUUCAGCAAACAGCACAGCUGAGAAUGUGACUCUUGAAAGAUAUCAUCAAAAAUGCAGACAUCUGUUUGUGGACUCCUCUCUGUCGGACCUGGCCGUGGGGAUAAUUCUCCUGGCCGUCUCUCUUCUGGUUCUCUGCACCUGCCUGAUACUGCUGGUGAAGCUGCUCAACUCCUUACUGAAGGGACAAGUGGCCAAAGCCAUCCAGAAGAUCAUCAAUACAGCUUUCCCCAGCCCCUUCGGCUGGCUGGCGGGAUAUUUGGCUAUCCUCGUGGGAGCAGGGAUGACCUUUGUGGUUCAGAGCAGCUCGGUCUUCACCUCUGCCAUUACUCCUUUGAUAGGUGACCAGAAUAUCUCAUUGAUUCGUUGCAUGUAUGCCAUAACUUUAGGUAACUCUCUUGGCACCACCACCACAGCAAUACUAGCUGCACUUGCUAGCCCAGGUGACAAGCUAGCAGCAGCCUUCCAGGUGGCCCUGUGUCACUUCUUCUUCAAUGUCCUGGGCAUCCUGCUGUGGUACCCAGUGCCCUUCACUCGCCUGCCCAUCCGCAUGGCCAGGUUCCUGGGAGACCAGACGGCCGCGUAUCGCUGGUUUGCCGUUCUCUACCUGAUCCUGUGCUUCCUCCUUUUCCCCUCCAUCAUCUUUGGCCUCUCCAUGGCAGGGUGGCGCGUGAUGGUGGCCACCGGCGUCCCUGUCGUCGCAGCUGUUCUCUUUGUCGCUGUGGUUAGCCUGCUGCGGGCACACAGGCCACAGUACCUGCCCGCAGGGCUCAGGACCUGGGCCUUCCUGCCCGUGUGGUUGCGCUCCCUGGAGCCCAUGGAUGCCCUCAUCGCCAAGAGUCACACUAAGCUGCACCCAGAACACAUGGUGGGGACAGACCCGUGGACAGCCUUUAGGAGAAUUAUGUUCUGCACAAAGAAAAGCUGAUGGACUGAUUGAGGUUCCCGCUGCGACACCAGCCAGUCAUAUCAGCAUCAACAGCAUAGAGAAUGGCAGGAGCGCCUGGCUUUAAUGAGCCAUCGCACAGAUCAAGCUACAGGACCAAAUCAAGCCUCUAUUAUCACUGGCUAUCAGAGAGAAGACACACAAGACAGGGGCUUUGAGGCAAAAUUAGCAUUUGUGUGAUAAGUGGGGUGCCUUGCUCAUGUAAGGAGCCUGCUCUGAAUGGCCCUAACCAUGGUCAGUCUGUUGUUUAAGAUUUCUUUUCAAUUUUAUUGACUGGUUGAUGAAUGAUAUUUCAUGUAACAAAGUUACCUUUGCAUGUAGAUGAAAAUAGGUCACUCUUAAAUAGCUACCAUCAGAUAGAAUCGACUUUCAUUAAAAUAUAUUGUGCUCUUGUCAGUUGUCAUGAAUGCUUUAAGUGCCAUGUAGCCUUAUUAGACCUGAUCUAGAGAGGGCUUUUAUUCUAAAAGAUGUGGUAUUGUUGGUGGAGUAUUUCUCCAGUAUACAUACAAAGAGCAUCUCAUUAUAACGUGUCUUUCUCUCUUGGAAAUGAACUCAUUAGUCAUCUUCAAAGCCGUGUAAGACCCUCACUGUGCUAAAUAAAUCACGGUUUCGGAGAGAAAUAAUUACAUGGCAAUGAGCACAAUGACUUCUUAAUCAGAAAUCUUCUCUGAGCUUUCUACGGCAAUCACCAAUUCUAGUUUGUGCGUGCCUCUUUCAUUAUAACAAGAUCUCUUUAGCAUAGUCAUCACAAUGAUCUCUCCGGAUUAAAAAUAAACGUAUCUCAAAAAUGGCAAUGCAGAUGAAAUAAUACAAAUAAUUUCGCAUAAGGUAAGCAGUUUUUGGUGCUGUAUUAAAAUGGAAAAUAUGAUGAGGAUUUAACAUGAUAAAUGGCCUGAUCCAGUGAAAACACAAUUUGAAGUGGCUUUUCCCGAGUGCUUGGCACUUAUUGUGUAUUUUAAUGUAUGUGCUUGCGUAAUAUCUGUGCUUUGAGUUGUAAAAGUGCCUAUAAUGGGGAAAAGAUGGUUUGGUGUCUGUUGACCUGCAGUGAUUGUCCAUAAUGUGUAAGUUAUGUGAGUGGGUGUCAUUUUGUAUACCUAUUUCUUAUGUAAGUGCAAGAGAUAGCACCACUGUCUGUAGAAGCAACAAUGGUGCAUUGUUUAGCAUUCACAAAUAUAAUAAUUAUUAACAACUACUGUUACACAUGCUGCUUGUGUUUUCAUGAAUAUCUUUCAAUAGAUAAUGUUCAGACAUACUGCAAAGUAACAGUAAAACAAUAAAUAGGGUACUUUAUCAAAC